AUGUAUAAGAAGGUAGUAGAAUAUCGCGAGAAUCAGUUGUAAGUUCCUUCAAAAUAUUUAAAAAUAAAUUUCUUUAUAAUAUUUAAAAAACGAUUGUAUGAUAAAUAUGUAAAGAAAUUUAGAACCGUUGAAACAACCAAGAGACACGUCCCAUUGAUGUUGAUGUACCCGAAAGAUGACAAGGUAGCUGUCACAAUAGAACCCGAUGAUUGUGUUGUGCAUGUGGUCGACUUUGAGCUCACUUGUGGUGUCAAUACAAAUGUUUCUAAGACUGUUAGCAUUUCUGUGGAUUCCAAACCUACUAGGAAACAUUGUUCUUUAAAGUCUGAGCAAUAUGACAAUGACAACAAUGCCAUCGCUGUGGACAUCUGGGUGGAGGAUGCUAAUAGUCCUUGUAAAUAUAAGGUCACUUUUGUAAGUUUGAUACAUAGUUUUGUUUGAAAAUUAUAUUUGAGUUAGCAAUCGAAUAUAAAACUUGUUUUAACAGUGACAUUUUAACGAAAUUUUAAAAUUUUUUAAGAAAUGGGAAAAUUAGUUACAAAAUAAUUUUUAAACUUGUUUCUGAUGGAAACGUGGUCGUAAUUACUAAUAAAGUAAGUUACUUUCAGAGUGAGAACGUUGUUCUACUGUUGCCCCAGAUGGUGAUGGACAGGUACAUGGUGAACAUGGAUUCGGGUGGGGCGUCGUUGCCCGUGUAUACUUUGGUCUAUUACAUAAUCAUGAUUUCUCUAUAUAAUCUUUAG